AUGGUUACUCAAGUUGGUAUUAACGGUUUCGGUCGUAUUGGUCGUAUUGUCCUUCGUGCUUCUCUUUCUAACCCUGAAGUCCAAGUUGUUGCUAUCAACGAUCCUUUCAUCCCUUUGGAAUACAUGGUCUACAUGUUCAAGUACGAUUCCGUUCACGGUCGUUUCCAAGGUACUGUUGAGGCCAAGGAUGGUAAGCUCGUUGUCAACGGUAAGGAGAUUGCUGUCUUCUCUGAGCGUGACCCUGCUCAAAUUCCUUGGGGUUCCGUCGAAGCUGCCUAUGUUGUUGAGUCCACUGGUGUCUUCACCUCUAUUGAUGCUGCUUCUGCCCAUCUUCAAGGUGGUGCCAAGAAGGUUAUCAUCUCUGCUCCUUCUGGUGAUGCCCCCAUGUUUGUCUGUGGUGUCAACCUCGACAAGUACACCUCUGAUCUCAAGGUCAUCUCCAAUGCCUCUUGUACCACCAACUGUUUGGCUCCCCUUGCCAAGGUUAUCAAUGAUAACUUUGGUAUCGUUGAAGGUUUGAUGACCACUGUCCAUGCUACUACUGCUACCCAAAAGACUGUCGAUGGUCCCUCCAACAAGGACUGGCGUGGUGGUCGUGGUGCUGGUGCCAACAUCAUCCCCUCCUCCACUGGUGCCGCCAAGGCAGUCGGUAAGGUCAUCCCUGAACUUAACGGUAAGCUCACUGGUAUGGCUUUCCGCGUCCCUACCCCUGAUGUCUCUGUCGUUGAUCUCACUGUCAGAUUGGAAAAGGGUGCUAGCUACGAAGAAAUUAAGGAUGUCAUUAAGAAGGCCUCUGAGAACGAGUUGAAGGGUAUCCUCGGUUAUACUAACGACCAAGUUGUCUCCACCGAUUUCGUUGGAGAGUUAUGCUCUUCCGUCUUCGAUGCUGCUGCCGGUAUUGCUCUUAACGACAAGUUCGUUAAGCUCGUCUCCUGGUACGAUAACGAAUUCGGUUACUCCAACCGUGUCAUCGAUCUUUUGGCCUAUGCUGCCAAGGUUGAUGCUGCCGCUCAAUAA